AUGCCGCCCACCUCCGCGGCCCUGGGCCAGGCCGUGACGCCAGGCCAUGCACCAGGCCAUGCGCCAGGCCAUGCAGCAGGCGGCGAGUCUGUAUCAGCGACCGGUUCGAGCUCUGGUAUCCCCUACACCAUCCUGCCCUCAUCUGAAGGAGGUCUGCUCGACGCGUACAACAACGCACAUAGGGACGGCCGAAUUCGCAAUCCUGUACCUAGCAAGCUUAAGGGUAAGACGGAUGGCUCCAAAGGCAACUUUGCCGUCAUGCAAAUAGACGUUACGGGCAAGCUGGAAGCCACGGACCGCGAUGCCCAAGCGAAGCGAACGAGCGAGAGCACCGAACUGGCCGCCAAACGUGCUUUUGAGAACGGCUAUGUCUCUCUCCGGAAAAGUCGAUUUGUACAUAUUGCAGAUGAGCCACCGGGUGGGCCUUUGGCCACAGGAUCCUCAACGGCCACGCCCGGUCUACCACAAGCUCCACGCAGUGCGCCGUUAGAUCCGGGGGAGACCAAAACAGAACAGGCCCGCCUCCUAACGCUGUUACGGAGCCUGCAUCCCGUUCUGGUCGUGGACCAGAUAUGCAAGGCGUUGGCGUUCUUUGGCGGGAUUCCCGGAGCGCCGCCGCCGGCGGUUGGCAGCUUCCCGGAAAGCGCUGAGGCAAACGGAUCUGGGAGUCUUUUUGUCGGUUGGAUUGCGGAAAUAUUUCCUAGGGUCGGUGGUAAUACAGAGGCCCCACCGCCGAAUCCAGGACAUCAACCGGACAAUGCACAGCCCGUAAAGAGGAAGCGAGGUCGGCCGAAGGGUAGUAAGGCUACAAAGGCACGGAAGGAUAAGGGCAUAAAAAAGGGGCCGAACAAGCACUCGGCAUUAGGAACUCAGGCUCGGUUACCCGGUGCUGGGGAGGAGAGUUGGGUGGACAUCGAUGAUGACGAUGGGGAAGCCCCUAACGGCGUUGGAACAACCACUCCGCGAUCUCAACUUCCGAAUAUGACACCUGUGACGCCUGUUCCACCGCCAAGCGCGACCAGGACAGCGUUACCGGGAGGCCCCUCGAGUGAGGGCCCCAGCACGAAGAAGAGAGGACGCCCAAAAGGUUCGAAAAACCGCCCAAAGGCCCGGAGCACGAACGCCGCACAAGGUAGCAGGGAGUCAAUGUCACAAGUAGAAGCAGCGCCGCACUCUUCUCACGAGUCAGAGCCCCCUUUAGAAGUACCCCAAAGGCAGUACAUUGACCAUACGCCCCAAGUGACGCUGGAACUCACGGGACCACAAACCUUCACCGCGGUGAACUCAGCGUCGCCGGUACUGUCAAGGAAACGGCCGGGGAAACCGGGGACGCCAGGACUAAGACAAGGAAACCAGACUUCGGUACCAGCAGGGCAUGAUGGAGGACCUGGCGGGUUUGUUGCAGGAGGGUUAACGGCCCAUGCGGAAAACCAAACAGCGAGUCACGAGGCACCACACAGUAUUCAAGUCCCACGGGCUCAGACUUUGGCGACGUCGGUUUCUCCGACACCCGAUUCAACGCCGUCCAAGACAUCCAAAGCCGUGGGGCAGAAAAGGAAACGGCGGGCCGGGCCCAAUACCGACGCUACUCAAAGCGCCUCCAUUGGCACUAGGAACGACUUAGGGCCUGUGUCGGGGGGGGGUGAUCAUGCAAUCUCUGCCUUACAGGCCAAUACGGGCCAGCCUUUGAUAGCGAACGCUAUUGACCCGCCGCCCAAACGGUCACGAAAGACGAAAGAAGCUAAGGGAGCAGCGAAGAGGAGGGAUGGGGCGGCCACGCAGCCGAUCAUGAGAAAGGUUCCUCGAGGUUCGGGUGAUUUUACCCUUUCGCAGAACACAGCGCCAGAUUCGAGUCCGGAGCUGAGCUCUGGGCUCACAGCACAGACCUCUCACGAGCUUGAGCCAGGCCUGACAGCGGCGACGUCGGAGGAACCCCAUCAAGGGCAGUUUGAGGCCCGGUCUCCCACAAUGGAAAGCUUUGAAGCGCAACUUCAGGCCCAGUUCGGCCGGGGGAGCGAGGUUGGAUCCCAGACACUGAAUUCUGAAGGCGCUGCCACCCCGAGUUCGGUACAGGUGAUGGGGAGUAGCCUACCACAACAGUCGCAGCAGCAUCACCGCCGCCAACAAGCGUUCUCGCAACCACCCCAGGAGCAGCAUAAUGACCCAGCUGAUCAUGGUCGGCUCCGAACCUCGCAAUCUCAAUCACUUCAAUCACAAGCAGGCCGCAGCUUGCCAGUUUCGCAGCAGGAGGCUGGAUCGUCACAAGCCCAUCCCGGCCAAUACCGUGCACCGAGCAUCCAAUUCCAGCAGCAAAAACAGCCAAGCUAUGUGUCUUCACAGGGCGAUCAACCCCACCCCCAGCAGCCCCAGCAGCACCGGUUCGCAGAGAAUUCUCAGGACAGCCAGGUCCCAUCUCCCGCGCAGUUCUCCGCUCCUACACCACAACAGCAGCAGCCACAGCAGCAGCCACAGCAGCAGCCACAGCAGCAGCCACAACAGCAACCGCAGCAGCAACCACAGCACCAGCACCAGCAACAACAACACCAAGGCCAACAAAACCUCACGCAGCAACAGCGUUACCAGCACCAAUUGACGCCCGCAUCCUCGACAGGGACUCCUUCCUAUACUACCCAAUCGCCACAGUUUGGCGCGUCGACAAGCAACGGCUUUAAUACCACCGAUGGAGGUUAUCGCCCCGGGACUUCGUUAAGCAACCCUUCGUACAAUCAACGGAGCCAAUCGAAUUCCGCCCCGUUCCGACCUACAAACACCCACGGGAUCCCGCAACAGUCACCACCUUUUGCCUCCGGAAAUGCCGGUCUACAACGACGUUCGACAGGGAGCGCGACUCAACCGGGUUCGCAGGGCAUGCAAACUAUGAACGUGCAGGCCUUUACUGGGAACACGGCAGCAGAAUGGGGACUUUUUGACGCGAGCCAGUUGGACUCGCCCGCGCAGCCAGAGGCGAUAGGAUUGGGGACUUCCAACUUUCAUAUAGGCGCAACCAGCGUUCGACCCACCUCUAAUGCCGGGUCUGCCUUUGCUACAGCAGGGCUAGCAUCCUUUGACCCCGCCGGCUUGGAGAACAGUGAGCGGUACUACGGAGUCGGACGGAGAUGA